CUCACAGCUGCAAACAACCAGAAACACCAAUUCAUGCUAACGUUGCAGGAAUGGAUCUUCCCUCACUUGGUUAUACAUUGAUUUAUACUUGUCAGCCAGGCUUCUUCCUGGCAGGAGGAUCAGAGCAUAGAGCCUGUAGGUCUGAUGGGACAUGGACUGGGAAAGUUCCAGUUUGUGAAGCUGGUUCCAAAAUAUUAGUGAAGGAUCCCAGACCAGCGUUGGGAACACCAAGUCCAAAACUAAGUGUUCCUGAUGAUGUAUUUGCCCAAAAUUACAUAUGGAAAGGAUCUUACAAUUACAAAAGCAAGAAACAGCCCAUGACUUUGACAGUCACCAGUUUCAAUGCAACUUCAGGAAGAGUAAAUGCAACACUUACAAACAGCAAUAUGGAAUUGCUCCUAUCAGGGGUGUAUAAAAGCCAGGAAGCUCGGCUAAUGCUCCACAUAUAUCUCAUUAAAGCACCCUCCCAUGCAUCUGUGAGCAACUUGAAAGAGGAAAAAUGGGCUAUGGAUGGUUUUGUUUCUGAAGAUGGGGCAACAUAUGUUUUUCAAGGAUUCAUCCAGGGUAAAGAUUAUGGACAAUUUGGACUUCAAAGAUUAGGUCUUAAUAUGUCUGAGGGUUCAAAUUCUUCUAAUCAACCACAUGGUACAAAUAGUAGUUCAGUGGCCAUUGCUAUCCUUGUGCCUUUCUUUGCUCUUAUAUUUGCUGGUUUUGGCUUCUAUCUUUAUAAACAAAGGACUGCACCUAAAACACAGUAUACAGGAUGCUCUGUACAUGAAAAUAAUAAUGGACAAGCUGCUUUUGAAAACCCCAUGUAUGACACAAAUGCAAAGUCUGUGGAAGGAAAAGCGGUACGAUUUGACCCCAACUUGAACACCGUUUGCACAAUGGUAUAGUGUGAUAAUGAUAUGUCUUCGAAGUCUGGAAACUGACACACAACACAGUGCACACACAGUUCACUGAUUUAAAAAAAAAAAAAAA